UCAUUAAGUUGGGGGAAGCGACCUUUAUUAUUUAUGGUAAGCAUUGUAUAUUCUUAUUUUUCUCCCACACCUCAUAUAAAACGAUCCACUGAUGGUGGAUCUUCAUUAGUACAAGCUUGCAUUUCGUUCAAAAUCAUUUCUUGGGUUCAGUUGAUAGUGCCGUAAAAAUGCUUUAUCGUCAGUCCUUGUUCUUGUUCAUCGGUUGUUUUUCCUUGUUGACGGUUCAGAGUGCUCCUCAAGGAUUCCCAGUGAGGGGUAUAACAAAUAUUGAUGGGGCUCCAGAACCGUAUAACUACAACUACAGGGUUGAAAAUCCCCCUACAGGCACUUUUUUCGGGCAGAAUGAAAACGGGGAUGCUGCAGGAAGGGUCACUGGCUCCUACUUUGUCCAACUACCUGAUGGAAGAUUGAUGAACGUUGAGUACUUUGUGGACGGUGAUUCUGGUUUUGUGCCCAAGAUAUCUUACCAGACUGGCAGCCAGUUAGUAGGAGGACCUCUAAGGGUUUAGUCCACGAAAAAUAAGUUAAUUGUGUAAAAACUAUUUACCAUUUAAUAAACAAUAUAUUCUGCUUCGAUGAAAAAUAA